UUGUUGUGCUGAGUUGUCAGCAAACGGUGAGCAUAAGAGGAAGUAAAAUUUACUAGUGAAGUGCAUUUGGUGCGAUUUUUUUACGAUUUCUCACCUCGUAAUUAUAAUAGUACGAAAUUCCCAACUACACUUUAGAUAUUUUAGAUUUUAGUAGUAGAUACAGCCGUUGCCAAGACAGAACGGUGAAAAAUGUUGGAUUUGUUCACCAUUUUCACCAAGGGUGGAAUCGUCCUGUGGUGUUUCAGGGGCACUAACCAACUAUUUGCGCCGCCAGUUAAUGCGCUUAUUCGUAGCGUAAUUUUACAGGAAAGAUCCGGAGUUUAUGAUCACGAUGGCCUUUCUCUCCAGUACAAACUGGACAAUGAGUUCGAAUUGAUCUUUGUUGUUGCAUUCCAAAAGAUACUUCAAUUGUCUUAUAUUGAUAAAUUUUUGAGUGAUGUACACUUGGAGUUUCGCGAUAAAUACAAAAACGAUUUACGGGUUGAGAAUCGCAACUACACCAAUUAUCAGUUCCAAGAUGAGUUUACUAGAAUUUUAGAGCAGGCGGAAAAAUGGGGCCGUUUGCAAGCAACGUUACCGAAACAAAUGCGCAGCUUCGAGGAGUCGCAUAAGUCGAAGAAAACGGUUGCUUCAAUGAUUGAACGUAAAGGACAGGAGAAACCAACGGCUGGAGCAAAGAAGUCCGUAAAAAUUAUGGAAUCCAAGAAAGAGAAAGAAGUUGAAAAAUCAAUUCAAUUAAACGGUGCAAACGAGGAUUUGAUUAUGGAGAAUCGUAAGAAAAUGAUUGAAAAAAUGAAUAAGAAAAACAAAGGAGAUAAACCGAAGUCACCAAAAUCACCACCACAAAAAUCGGGCAAGCAGAUGCGCGUCUGGGACUUGGGCGGAAAUGUAAAAGAUUUGCCAAACUUAGAUCGAUGCAAAGACAAACCAGAAGAUAUUCGCAGUGAUUUCACACCUAGUAACGAAAUGAUCGGAACCAUGAAGGGUGGUAUUCAAGAUUUAGAAGUUGAAAGUGAUGAUGACUACUCAGAAGAUGAAGAUGAGGAAGAAGAAGAAGACGAUGUUCAACAAUUUGCUAGUUCUCAAAGCGCCCCGGCUAACAAAAAAUCGGGUGGAAUGUUAUCCCUUUUUAAGGGUCUAGUCGGGUCAAAAAAUCUUACGCGUGACGAUAUGCAGUCAGCUCUGGAUAAACUUCGUGAUCAUUUGAUAGCAAAGAAUGUAGCGGCAGAUAUUUCCCAGAAGUUAUGCGAAUCUGUUGCAGUCAAGCUUGAAGGAAAAGUUAUCGGUACUUUUGAUACCAUCACUGCGACAGUGAAAAGCACAUUGAAUGACGCUUUGGUACAAAUUUUGUCACCGAAGCGGCGGAUUGAUAUAUUGCGCGAUUGUAUCGAGGCGAAGAAAAAUAAACGACCAUAUGUUAUGAGUUUUUGUGGUGUAAAUGGCGUUGGAAAAUCGACGAAUCUAGCUAAAAUUUGUUUUUGGUUGAUUGAAAAUAAUCUGAACGUUUUAAUUGCGGCUUGUGAUACGUUCCGUGCUGGAGCCGUAGAGCAGUUGCGCACGCAUAUGCGACAUUUGAACGCGCUGCAUCCAGCAGAGAAACACGCUGGUCGUGAAAUGGUGCAGCUGUACGAGAAAGGAUAUGGGAAGGAUGCUGCUGGCAUUGCUAUGGAAGCCAUCCGGUAUGCUAAGGAUGCAGCUAUUGAUGUGGUCUUAAUCGACACAGCUGGACGAAUGCAAGACAAUGAACCAUUAAUGAGAGCACUGGCAAAAUUAAUAAAAGUUAACGAACCAGAUUUAGUUCUGUUUGUAGGAGAAGCUCUAGUUGGAAAUGAAGCUGUUGAUCAGUUGGUGAAAUUCAACCAAGCACUAGCAGAUUACUCUGCCAAUGAAAACCCACAUAUUAUUGACGGAAUUGUACUGACCAAAUUUGACACCAUUGAUGAUAAGGUAGGUGCUGCAAUAUCAAUGACAUACAUUACCGGGCAGCCAAUUGUAUUUGUGGGAACUGGACAAACUUACACAGACUUGAAGAAACUUAACGCGAAGGCUGUAGUGCACGCUUUGAUGAAGUGAAGUCUCUACAUUUCUUUAAUACUUGUGAAACGUUCAUUGUGCUGGGUAUCUCCUUCUACGUUCAAAUUCAUUCUCUCCAAUGAAUCCUAUUUGGAUAUUGAUAUGUAGCGGCUAGUCAUAUAGGGAAAGCGAACUGGACCUUGUUUCUUUAUUGGUAGCUUACUGCGAACCGUUCAACCUGUGCACGUUCAUUGAAAAUGAUUUAUGUACCUUACUUUACCGUUGUUUGUGUAUUUGAAUAUAGCAUUUUAUUGUUUCUUGUUAUUCCUUUUGUAAUAUUGGAAACCGAGGACCAACAAGUAUUAAAGUAAUUUGUUUGAUUUUUAUGAAAAAAGGGUUUUUAGAAAAGAUGUUUUUUCUUCCUAUUGAAAAUACAAUCGAUGAUCGUUUCCAAA